CCAGACAUUCACUAUCAAAAUAUGACGAGCGCAUUGAUUUUUAUAACGAACGGCACAGAGGAGAUGGAAUUUACUAUCGCAUACGAUACUCUAGUCAGGGCUGCGAUAGACACUACUUCUGCAGGCGUAGAUAUACAAUCUCAGGCCGUCUGCACAAGAGGCGUUAAAAUCACACCAGACGUCCUACUAGACAGCCUUAGCGACGAUCAGCUCUCAAGCUACGACAUCGUCGUCAUUCCUGGUGGUGGUCCUGGCGCCAACACACUCCAAGCCAACAAACGCGUCCAGAAGCUCUUCCAAGAUAACUACCAAGUAAAGGGUAAGCUCCUUGGUACUAUCUGCGCUGGUUCUUUGGCUAUAAAGUCGUCUGGUAUCGCAAAAGGCAAGGCUAUCACCUCGCACCCUUCGGUUAAGGGUGAACUCACUGGGGACUAUGCCUACUCAGAGGACAAAGUCGUAGUCACAGACAACCUCGUUUCUUCUCGCGGUCCUGGUACUGCUUUCCCAUUCGCACUCACCCUGGUAGAGCUAGCACUCGGUAAAGAAAAGCGCGAUGAGGUUGCCGGUCCUAUGGUUUUCUAAACACCAACCUAAUGACUAUACGAUCAAUAACGAUAUCUUGGAUUUCAAUAAUUUACACAUGCAUGCAUUCGCACUUUCAUUCCUCAUCUAUUUUCAUUUCUGUAGCUUCAGCAGGUGCUGCAACGACUUCCACCUCCGGCUUCUCUGUGCUCUCCUCUAUAGGCUCAUCCUUCAUCGCUUCGUCAGAGGGUGUAUCUUCUACCUGCUGUGACGAAUCAUUUGGCGCCUCUUCUUGCACAUCCAUGGUUGGCUGAACUACUGGUGCUUCCUCUGGUCUCUCUUUCUGGUCUUUCAUUUCAUCUUCAAUUAGUUGUUGUUCAACAAUAUCUUGUUCAUCGACUUCUUCCUUAUUUUGGGAACCAUUGGCUGGUUUUUUCGCAGACUCAGCAUCAAGCUCAGCUUGCUCAGUCUGUUCUUGCCGCUGACCAUCAUCGACAAUCUCUGCAGCUGUCGUGAUAGCCGGUGAGCUUUCCUUUGAUGCAGCUUUCUGUGCCUGAGCUUGCUUCCUCUUCUCAAUAGCCGCUUGGAGGCCUUCAACGUCAGAUCCGGGUGGUAAAGAAGCUAUUAUAGGUGCGUUGCUUCGUGCUACACAUCUAAACCCACGCCAUGACAAGCUCUGUUUGUG